AGAACGAGGCUGGUCCAACAUGGCGGCUGCCAUCAUGAAGCUCUUCAACAGAAGCACUUUAAAGUCAUUUAUGGGACAACAGUUUCUAGCAUUCAACGCCGCUGCAAAAGCCAGUACGGCUGGUGUAAGUGCUUGUCAAUUUCUUCCCGAAAAAGUGAAAAUCGUGGAAGUGGGUCCAAGAGAUGGGCUACAAAAUGAAAAGACCAUUGUGCCCACAGAAACUAAGAUUCACUUGAUUGACAUGUUGUCAGAAGCGGGGCUUUCUGUGAUUGAAGCCACCAGUUUUGUAUCUCCAAAAUGGGUACCACAGAUGGCUGAUCAAAUAGAAGUAAUGAAAGGAAUCUGUCGAAAACCAGGAGUGACAUACCCAGUUCUUACACCAAACCUCAAAGGGUUCCAGGCCGCUAUAAUGGCUGGUGCUUCAGAGGUAGCCAUAUUUGGUGCUGCUUCAGAGCUAUUCAGUAAGAAGAACAUCAAUUGUUCUGUGGAUGAGAGUUUACAGCGAUUUGAUGAGGUUAUGAAAGCAGCAAAAGAGGCCAGUAUACCAGUGAGAGGUUAUGUAUCAUGUGUCCUUGGAUGUCCUUACGAAGGCAAAGUGGCGCCUGAAAAAGUUGCUUAUGUAGCAAAGCGUCUGUAUGAUAUGGGGUGCUAUGAGAUUUCAUUAGGUGACACAAUCGGAGUGGGGACUCCAGGUUCUAUGAGACAGAUGUUGGAAGCAGUGACUAAAGAAGUGCCAGUCAAUGCAUUGGCAGUGCACUGUCAUGACACUUAUGGACAGGCUCUGGCUAACAUUCUGGUGGCUUUACAGAUGGGAGUUUGUGUUGUAGAUUCUUCAGUAGCUGGACUUGGUGGGUGUCCCUAUGCCCAAGGUGCAUCGGGAAAUGUUGCUACAGAAGAUGUUGUCUACAUGCUCCACGGUCUUGGCAUCUGGACAGGAGUGAACAUGUCUAAGCUGAUGGAUGCUGGAGUUUUCAUCUGUCGUACCCUGAACAGAAAGUCUAAUUCUAAAGUCGCUCAAGCCACCUGUAAAUUGUAGGUUUGACAGCAAAGCACUGGACAAUGGACAGACUGAAGUGCACCAAAUGCACAAACCUGAACACAAAUGUUGAAUAAUUUUUUUGUGUGAUUACUGUAUGAUGGGAAAGCUGGAAGAGUGCCUUAUUGUCAUCCUGAUUCUCUACACUAUUCUGCAACUGGACAUAUUUUGGCCUAAUAAUAACUUUGUGUUUAUUAUCAGCAUUAAAGAUAAAAAAUAACCCCCUGGCAUCCUAGGGAUAGCACACU